UGGGGCAUGGAGCGGUUGACGUUGCCUCCCGGCGGCGCGGAGGCCAUGGACGAAUACCUGGAAUACCGGCGAAUUGUUGGUGAGGAUGAUGGAGGCAAACUUUUUACUCCUGAAGAAUAUGAAGAAUACAAAAAAAAAGUUUUACCUAUGCGCUUACAGAAUCGAUUAUAUGUAAGCUGGCGAUCACCAACUGGAAUGGAUUGUAAACUUGUGGGCCCAGAGACGUUGUGUUUUUGUACACAUAGAUACAAACAACAUAAAACUGACUUUGAAACGAUGCCACAGCAGCGCCCCAUCAGUCUGCCCUGCCGAGUGACUGGCUGCCCUUGCAGGGCUUACCUUUACGUCCCUUUGAAUGGCACGCAGCCCAUACGCUGCAGGUGCAAGCACUUCGCGGAUCAGCACAGUCCUUUGCCUGACUUUCUAUGCACUGCGUGUUCAAAGUGUUCAGGAUUUCACAGCAGCUUCACUUGUACUUGUGGUCAGCCUGCAUAUACUCAUGAAACAGUAGUGGAAACAAAACAAGAAAGACUGGCUCAGGGAAAACCUGUAGGACGGGAUGUUCCGUAUGCAGCCAUGGGAGGAUUAACUGGCUUCAGCUCACUGGCAGAAGGCUACAUGCGAUUGGAUGACAGUGGAAUUGGUGCACCUGCAGUUGAAUUUCUGGACUCCCCAGCUACAGCCAUGGAUCACCCUUUUGUAAAAGCAUUUCAAGCAUCAUCUAGUUCUUCACAACCAACACCAACAGAUGCAGGCACAAGUAGCCAGCUUUCUUCCUUAAGGAGACCUGAAGAGGAUGAUAUGGCUUUCUUUGAAAGACGUUACCAGGAAAGGGUGAAAAUGGAAAAGGCUAUUAAACAGAAAAAAAAAGCACCAUUGUCAUCAACUACAAAACCUUCAUGA